AUGAAACGUUUUUUCAAGAUAGGAAUUAUUGUAAUAUUGGUUAAUAUAAAGGGGAUCGUUCAACAAGCAGGUCCAUGUUUUGAGUGCAAUCGAAUCAUCUGCACCUUUCAGAACUGCACGUUCGCCAGCAUCAACUCCACCAUCCCUCGCCUGAAACGUCGGCCCACCCUCACGGAGAUCCGAUUUCAAAACGUUACCGCUGGUUCACUACAGCCAUCAUUUUUCGACCGACUGAAAGUCGGUAAAGUUACGUUCAAAAAUUCAACAAUAAAAAACGAGCUGUCAAAACAGAUGUUUGUGAAUGUGAUUAAGAUGGACCAGUUUGACGUAUCUCAGACACCAUCUCUUUUAAAAUCGCUGUGGAGUGACAUUGAUUUUGUUACUCCGCUGAUCGAUAUCCUCAAAAUAAUAACAAUAUCUGAAGCGCCAUCGCACCAAUUCCUAACAAGCACCUUAAAACUGAAAUUUUUAGAAAAAUUACGUUUGGCACAUAUGAACUUUCCUGAUAUUCAAGCAAUCUUCGAAUUCACAAAUCUGCACAAAACUGUAACCUUUUUAGAGUUUGAAAAUAUUACAAACCUGGAGUUCAACGAACAAAUUUUUAAAAAAUUCAUUCGAAUGGAAACUCUCAUAGAAAAAAUCUGCCCGAACGUAGUUAUAAAGAGAGAUUUUUCUAAUAUAAUGAACGAUUUAAAUCCAAACGUUCAGAUGAGUAAAAAGGAAAAUCAACAAUAUAUUGACAACAUGAGAAGUUCAGAACAAAAUUUUGAUAGAAAUCACGGCGAAGCCGAAACGGAUCCGUUUAAAAUUCCAAAUGAUUAUGGCAACGACAUUUACAAUGAAGUAUUAACUACAAGUGUUUAUGAUAAAUUGAUCGGCAAAACGCCAGUACUGCCAAUGUGCAGCGACGGCUACGCACACAUUUCCAACGACGACAACGUCUUGAUUAAAUGCUUCGUAAGCGGUGACCCUCCAGUCGAAGUCACGGUCAAACUGCCGAACGGGAACAAGUUAUACUUCAAUCGGAGCCACAGAUCCUUGCGCUACACGGCCGAGCACCGGUCCUACAACCACAACCACGAACUGGAAGGUGUGUACGAAUGCUAUGCGGCCAACAUGUACGGUGUCUCUGACGUUCUCGUAUUCAACUCGCAGAGGAGGAAUUUCGAAAGAUUCCGAAUAUCUGAUUCAGACAUCCCAAACAGUAAGUUUCCUGUAGUGAGAGGACAAAGAUGGAACAAAUUAUACCCUGGUUGCUUCAUCCAGUACGAAGAAAAACAUCACGACGAAAUCAUCAAAUACAAAACGAAAAUAUACGCCAGCAAUUAUAACCCAAAUAACAAAAUGAAAAACAAUUAA